AGCAGAAGCACACACACAUACACCGACCAUCAAAAACUACUGCGGGAGUCCAGCAAGAGUCACAUCACACUCGCUGAAGUCCAGUAAGCAACACACGUCCAGCAGCGGGAACGCCGGAGUCCGCGUUUCUCCUGGAUAUAUUUGCCCUGCACGACCGGCGAGUCACGGAUAGCAGGACUUUGGAUAUAACUGUGGUUCGUAAGAGCAGAUUUGUUUUCUCCGCAGUGGGAAGGCUCGAUCCUCCCCCCGAGUCUGAGGAUUUGAGAGGGAAGCAAUGCAGUGCUGAGACUGACUGUGCACCAUAUUCCUGCUCCAGUCCACAUUUCAUCUGAAUCUGCAGACGCACUUCACCCAUCGACCGCAGAUCGAACGCUCUUCAUUUGUUUCUUUCCUCCUGAAUAAGAAAUCUAACUCGAGAUUAGGACUGACGCCAUUUUAAAGCGAUAAAAAACCGCUUGAGUUUUGAGGGAUUGUAAAGUGCUUGUCAUGAUCUAGUAAAUGGAUUUACUCUCGUAGACUUCAGCAGCAGCAGCAAUGGUUUCACCUGGGAAAAACUCCACCCUAGUGGGAUUUACAAGGUUUCGGGAGCAGUAGAGUCAAAAGCCAUCAUAUCCCUCCCUGAUUAAACUCAAUCACCUGGACCCUUGCCCAAUUGUCCCUUUGGGUCCCUCUGCCUCCUGAUUCUUGGACCAAGCUUCGAGAUUGUCAAUGGAGCAAAGAGACCUUACUCGGACAGCUCGACCCAAAGGAAAUGAGGAGUUCUUCUCCACCGUUACCACCAUCAACAGAGCAGACCUCAGUGAGGUGGGUCUCCUUGCUGGUCCAAUAAAGAGCCUCCCUUUACCUGGAGAGCAGCAAGAUCAUGAAGAGGACGAAGACCUCGGUUUGGGGAAGGACAUGGAGAUCACUUCCAAUACAGACAAUGAGAGAUGGGGGCAGGGAGACGGGCUGGAGGAGCAGGAGUUCUCCAUCAAGGAGGCCAAUUUCUCUGAAGGCAGCCUGAAGUUGAAGAUCCAAACAACAAAGCGGGCCAAGAAGCCUCCGAAGAACUUGGAGAACUACAUCUGUCCUCCUGAGAUACGCAUCACCAUCAAGCAGCCAGGAGAGCAGAAGAACGCCAAGCAUGCCAAGAAUGCUAAGGGUGGGAAAGAGGAAGAGAAAGGACCUCCCAGAAAAAGGACUUACGAAAGGCCUUAUAAACUUCUGGGUAAAACUGAAAAUGUGAUGAUGGAGAACACAAAACCAAAGCAGUCUAAAAGCAACGACAUUCACCACCUUGACUGGACAAAGAAGUUGGAAACUGUUGGAGACUUAGCAUCCCAAGAGCAAAACAGGACAGAACCAGAAACAAAAAGAGAAUCAGCAUGCACCAACAAGGGCCCUUUGCCAGAGCCCAGCACCCCCUUCUUGAAAACGCAAGUUAAAAAAGUUACAGACGGUUUAUCUGGAAGUCACUUUGCAUCUGCCAUGUCCUCCCCAAGCACUGACUCACUUGCAGCAUCUUCAGUCAAUACAGUAAUGAGUCCCUCAACUGACUCAAGUCUGUUCUCUUUUAACAAAGACAGAGGUUUGCAGGAAGUUACUGAGCAAGUUUUUGGGAACAUCAAACGUAAAUAUAGUAGAAAAGACCCCUCUAAAACCCCAGUCACGCAUAAUUUAGACCUUCAGUGGAUCAAAAAAUUGGACAGAGAUACUGAAAACCAAGAUUGUGCUAAAGAGAAACAACCAAUCAGCACAGAUAAAAGUGCAUUUGAAGAGGAGCCUGAGAAGCCAAGCAAUAGGCUUGAUGAUGAUAAUAAAACAACAACAGUCUGCGGCACUCAUUACACAGAGGAAUCAAGGAGUAAAAAGCGAAGAAAUCGAAAAGUUGUUGAAGAUAGCAUUGUAUCUGAUGCACAAACCACACAGCAAGAUGAGAAGAUUGAUAAAACUGACCAAGGGUGCACAAAACCUAAAGUGACAAAGAAAACAGAUGUCAAUGCACCAAAACAAUUUGGUGUUAAUUUACAGCAGAGUAAGGAAGGCGUUGCUGGGACAGUGACUGAUGAUGUUGAGAUGUUUCAGAACAGACCAAGAAAAACCCCAGCAGGAAGAGCGAGACCAGUGAUUGAUGUUGACAAGCAAACAGAGGGUAGGCAAUCAAAGGUCAAGGACAGGUGGCUUUAUUUAAAGUCCCAGAACUCCUCUCCUCAUAAAAACGUGAAUCAAUCUCUGUCCAUUGAAGAGCCACCCUCUGCCUUCCCUAUUACCCCAUCCAGCCCACUCUAUACAAACACAAACAGUUUGACCGUCAUUACCCCAGUUAAAAAGAAACGUGGGCGGCCCAAAAAACAGCCAUUACUUACUGUGGAGACAAUUCAUGAAGGAACUGCAACAAGUCCAGUUAGCCCUAUUGCUCACGAUUCAUCCAGCACUUCAAAAAGAAAGAAGCAUAAUAUGUCAAAACUGGUGCAGUUGGCCUUCAACAAAUCCCCUCCUGCACAGCAGUUACAACUCAAGAAAUCAGAUCAAGAAGGUGUCCUUAAAAAGAGAACACCUACGAAAAUUAAAGAGGUCAAGAUGCAGAACAUUUUGAAUGAACUUUUGUCCACUUCUAGUUCUGGCAAUCUUGCCCCGAAGCCCAAUGUUCCAGUUUCAAAUGCCAUGUCAACUGUGGCAUCGACAAUCGAGGCCCGUUUUGGCAAGCAAAUCAAUGUCAGCAAGCGUGGGACUAUUUACAUAGGCAAAAAACGGGGAAGGAAGCCCAGAACUGAUCUUUUGUCCCAGCAAGAUGAGCACAAAGCCAGUGAUAAGCACUCGUUGCUUAAUUCCAGUCCAUUUGAGAACCCACUAGUGCCUUCUAGUACAGCAUCCACAACCGGAAUGCCUUCUCCCAGGGUCAUGCAUUCCCUUUCUUCUCACUCUGCACCUGGUGGGGCAGCUCACCCUGUUACCACAGAUACCAGCCAGCAUGACCUGAAGACAAUGCCAAAUCUGCAACCUAUCAGUGCAUUGCCCACAAAAACACAUAAGGGCUUGCUCAGUAGUAACUGGAAGCUGUCUCCUCCAAGACUAAUGGCCAACUCACCAUCCCACCUGUCCGAAGUGGCUUCCAUUAAAGAAGUUACAUUGUCUCCAGUUAGCGAGUCUCACAGUGAAGAGACAAUCCCUAGUGAUAGUGGAAUUGGCACCGACAACAACAGCACAUCAGACCAGACUGAGAAAGGCCCAGCAUCUCGUAGAAGAUACUCAUUUGAUCUUUGCAGUUUUGAUGCCACUGAGGCAGCUGUAAUAGACGCAAAGAGCAAAGCAGCCAGGGGACACUACCAGAAGCAUGUUACAGCAGUCUCUGUCGAAAAUUUUUUUGCUCAAGAGAACUUGAAAAAGCAGAAGCAUCGAAGAAAACGCAAGGCUCUCCAGAGCCAAGAUGACCUGCAGUUUAUGGCUGACCUUGAGGAACUGGUUAGCAAAUUCCAGGUCUUCCGAAUCUCCCACCGAAACUACAAAUUCUACCAUGAGAAUUCCUAUCCCAGCAUCUUCCGUCUCAACUUUGACCACUACUAUCCUAUGCCAUACUAUCCCUACGACCCUCUGCACUAUCUUCGCAGGAGCUCUGAUAAGUCAAAGAGAAGGCGUGGCCGACCAGCCAAGUCAGAUGAGCCGAUAUCAAAGAUGCCUUUUAUUCAAGGGUUUGGCUGCCCAGUGCCUGGUGGCAAUUACUAUGCACCCUACGCGAUGCCUUACACAUCCAUGCCUCUUGCCACAAGUAUGAUAAACAUGGGCUAUUAUGGUCAGUACCCUUCACCCUUGUACUUAUCUCAUGCACUUGGACCUACAGCCUCUCCUCUGAUGAGGCCACCAGUCCCUCCACCAAAGUUCCACCCUGGUGCGUCCUCCUGUCUCUCUGCUUCUAGCAGACAUAGAGUGAAGAAUAUGCCACAUGAGAUGUCUUCAUCUAGAAUGAGCGACUCCCAUCACCCUUCAAGCAGCUGUUUGGGAAGUGUCUGUCUCCAUAAACGCAAGCACAAACACAAGUACAAACAUAAAGAAGAUCAGUACAUCCCAGAGAGGGAGGACCUUGGCGGGCUGUUCAGUGGAACACAGAGUCCUGCCUUCCUCAGCCUCUUGAAUGAGAGACUUGAGAAGAACUCCCUGUCCAAACUGAAGGACAAGCAAAGAGGCAAGCACAGCAUAGACACUUCACCAAAAGCUUCCAGGAACUACUUUGAAGUAGACACUCUCUCGUCAUUAUCCUUAUCUGACUCUCAGCACUGCAAACGCACUCGUGGAGAGACACUGAACAACUUCCUGAACAUCUGCACUAGACAACCACAUGAGCGCCUGAGAGCCGGCCAGGACCAGCCGCUGGACUUGUUCAAGGGGCAGCACUUAGGUGGCGAUGACUCUAGCAUCCACAUCAGGAGGCAUAGCUUGGAAGACUUCACAACAUACAAAGAAGGAAGCCUGGCAUCUUUCCAAGGAUGUAGUGAAGAGAGGGCUGAACAGAUGUACCAGUGCUCCAACACAGCUGUAGCAGAGCCCAGUUCCUACAAAAGAAGGCACAAGCGCACAGAAGUGGAGGAGGUCCAGUGUGACAUGCGAAAAAAGUGUGCCUUCUCCAAGAUCCUCACCACCAAGAAGAACCUGGAUCAUGUCAACAAGAUUCUGAAAGUCAAGAGGCUUCAGAGGCAGGCCAAGACUGGAAAUAACAUGGUGAAGAGACGCAGAGGAAGGCCAAGGAAGCAGCUGCUUUCUCUGGAGGAGGGAUUGCUGGGUCAGAUGCCAGUUCUAGAGAAGUGUGUGGACCUUCCUGGGAAGAGGAACCUUCACACCGGCCUGGUGCCUGCUCAGCUUGAGUUCUCCAAUCACGACUCUAUCACAGACGCCAUCGAGUCAGUGGUAAACAUGGCCAGAUCCCAAUUCAGCCCACAAUCCAUGCAGGGAGGCAAGAACUGGCAGAAAAUUCAGCCCGAGCUCCAAGUGGAGCGUCCAAACCGCAAAGGAAAAGGGAACAGGAAAGAAGAAGCUAAUCUGGCAUCUCAUUAGUGAGGUGAUGACAGUGCACUGUGAGUUAGCCUUGUGCUUGGGUCUUGAGUAUGGUUUCUCCAGUUCGUUUUGAUUCUACUGACACAUUUUAAUGGGCAUUCGCUGAGAACUUGGAUCAUGGUUGUGGUCUAAAGAGCUCUGCUUUCGGUUUGUACGAUCCUAUCCCUUUUUUUAUUGUUGGUCUCGAGGAGACAAACUGAACAUUUACUCUCCCAAAGCCCAUAACAACAAGGAUGUUGAAAAUAUGGCUAUAGCUAUAAUCUACCAGCACAUGUAAAUGAACUUAAAUGAUGGUACUGUGCACUUUUUUUUUCCUUUUUCAUUUUGCUCAAGCACAAAGCACAGAUCUUCUGGCAGAGGUUGAUUUUUCAAACAACAGGUCACUGGUAAUUCACGCUUACAUUUGCUUGCCUGUGUUCAGGUGUGUUUCAGGCAUAAACCAAUGGCAAUACUUUUGGAUGAAACUCUUUUCAGUGAUGUUUUGAUGGCUAUAAUUUCACUGUACAUAGCAACAUAUCCUACUAACAUUUCCAAUUCAAAGUAUUUUAGAUCUACCUAUACUGUCAGCAUAACAAAUCAAAAACAAUAUAAAGGUUGAAAUGUUUAGUUCUGUUCAUAACCAAAUAGCAGUAGAAAGCUUGUUCAAAUGGAGAAACAUAUUUAGUUGUGUAAUCUUAACGAAGUGGAAUCACUGCAGAUCGAAAGCUUGUUUAUGACAAAGGAUAUCAAAACACAUCUCAAUAGAUCACAACAGGCUUGAUGAAAAAUGCUACGGUUGCAUUUAAUACCAACAAAGCACUUAUUUCUUUUUUUCUAGAACAAGUUUUUUUUCUUUCCUCACAGUGUCAGUGUUGGUUUUCCACUUUAAGUAAUAGUGAGCAUCUGAAUGAUAUUUUCAAGUUCUGACUGGAAAACAAGUUGUUAUUCAGUCGCUUGACUCGCCUUCUCCAGAGUCUCUUUGAGAAUGUGCCUGCUCUUGUUAACUAAACAAUAAAAUUAUGUCUAUAUACCUGUCAGUAUUAGAUAUCCACAUGACCAAAGUUUCAGUGUAGUUGUGUAUCAUAGGAUAGAUUGGUUUCAGUUUAGCUGCUUGUGUAUAUUACAAUGAAUGGUGUGGUGGUGCGCUUAUUUGUCAAUUAGUCUGUCAUUUGAAUUGGAAAAAUAUACGAACCAGAAUGUACACUGAAGUCUAUUUCGAAGAUUGUCCUGAACAUAGGACAUCACAAACUAAUCAAAUAUAUGUCCUACGCUGUUUUAGACAACAAGUUUGAAUCAGGAUAGAUUUGAAUGUGCUCCUAAUUUAAAUAGCUUUCCAUUUGUUUUUGACUUUUUAGUUGUUCCAUAUAUGUGCCUUAUGUUUGUCUAUAAAUCCAUAACAUGUUCAGGUUCUGGGAACACUUGGGUUGUGUUUGCACUUGGCAGAUUUGGUUCGAUAACUUUGGUUCGAGUGCAGUUUUUCUGUUACAGUGGUUCAUUUGAAUCAGUGUAAGCACUGCCAUCCGAACCAUGGUACAAAACCACACAACAAACAAGCAGACCAAGACUAUUGAAAAGAUGGGUCUCUGUCUGGUUCCAAGUAAACAAUUAUGUGAGUGAUGUAAUCUGAACCUUACAAGUGAACUGAGUUUGUUGGGUCUUGGUCCACUUCCAAACAAACUCUGAAGCAGUUUGACUGAAAUAUGAACAUGGCAUGGACCAAAGACAUGUAAGCAAGCCAGAAGCAGGCCAUCAUAGUCGCAAUGUGGUCCAUCCAAUUCAAUACUAAUAAAAUAAAUGGCAGCUGUGGUUGCCAGAAUUUUACAGUUAAAAUUACAGUAGAAACAGUAAAAAAAAUGUUAUAUAUAUAAAUAUAUAUGUAUAUAAUGUUAUAAAUAUAUUAAUACACCAUUUUUUUGAAUUAUUAACAUCAACACAGGUAACAAAAAACCAAAAGCAAGUGUUAAUGAGAUGGUUGCUCAUCAAUGCUCAUCAAAAACAGUUUAUCCACAAGCAGAGAAACAAACAGUUUAAAGCAGUGGUCUCAAACUUAACUCCUGGAGGGCCACAGCUCUGCAUAGUUUAGCUACUACCACCUCCAACUCACACCUGCUUAAUAGUCUCUUGUAGUCUUGAUCGCCUUGAUUAGUUGAAUCAGCUGUGUUUGAUUAGGGUUGGAGCAAAACUUUGCAGAGCUGUGGUCCUCUAGGAAUCUUGAGACCCAUGAUUCAGAAGGUGUUACACCUUCAUGGUAAAACACCCAACACUAAGGGCGCACUCACACUAUGCUAUCCGAACCAUGGCCAGGAGCGUUUCCCAAUUUGUUUGAGAAGUGUGAGUGCUCUGAAUCGGGCUCAGGCAUGGUUCAGUUGGCCAGCCCUGGCCCGGUUGAAAGAGGUGUGCUAAAGCACAGCUCACUUGGGCUUUGGCGCAGUACGCUUGUAGUAUGAGUGCAAAUCGCGCCUGUUUUUAUAUGGAUUUAGUAAUAAUUCUUACUUUUUAAUGAACGCAAACUGUCGUAGUUUAUUAAAGACGCAAACCCCUCGCUGCACGUCAGCUGCACCUUCAAGAAACCUCCUAAUAUCUGCAGCACGAAGACUUUUAUGAUAAUUUAUGAGCGUCAAAAGUGGCUGAUCUGUUCGACAAAGUGUUUGACUGCAUGUUACUGCAUCCCAAAAGACUAAAAAUAAUAAGAACGUUAAAACUAAAGUAAUCUCCACUGUGCUGAGCGAGAGCGCUUCUCUUCAUGUUAAACUUAACAGUCACAUCAUCGAUGACGUAAGCGUUCUCAGGUCCGGUAGGUAAAAAUGCACUGUGAGUGCAGGCCGAGGGGGAGAGGGGAUGGGGGACAAUCGUGCUCUGGCAUGGUUCAAGGCAACUGUACCUAAUAUUAGUGCGCCCUAAAGUAAUGCAGUAAACAUUAUUUAUCGACAUUAGAUGUAACACAAAUGUCGAAUGUACAUCACUGAUGAAAAAAAAACCCUGGAAAACAGAAACAAAAUAAUAUCUGUAAAAAAACUACACAAAAGUGUCAAUUCACCAUAUAUAUUAAGGAAACUUAAUAGGGUAACAGAACUUUAGCCAGGUACCAGACUUUAAAUUGUAGCAAGUUCAUAGUUUUUUACUGUUAAAAACCUUUUUUACAGCGCAAGCAUCGAAAAGUGCAAAUUCUUUGUUUGUUGUGUAUUUUUGGUCCAUUCUUUAAAAUGACAGUGUGAGUUUUAAGUUUAUUUUGGAGCCGACCAAAAGACUACAAGUGUGAACACACCCUUAAUGGCAGGAUAUCAACCUAGAAUGUCAUAAUAUAGUUUGCUCUGGUUGUAAUAUAUUCAUCUUUUUGAUACAACUUGCUACAGUAUAAUAGGCUUCAUUAUGACUGUACUCUUAUAUACAGUUCAGUGACCAGACAGCAUAUCUAGUACAUGUCAAAAUGUCUCUAUGACCGGGCCCAUGCUGGGUUUUUGAAAUGAAUACAUGCUUAUUUACUAUGCAUCAGGUUAUUGCUGUGAAUCCAUCGAUUCUUUUGUAAGCUUUCUGUGAAAUGAAGAAGUGGUCUUACAGAAAUUGAAAAUCUGAACAAAUGAAUAGUGCUAAAACUGACUAUCAUUUCUUUUGCAGCUGUCUAGGGGAGGGAAAUCAGCCUCUGAGCAGUGCAGCCUUAAUCAAAUGUUCAAUUCAUCAAAUUGUCCCCUGUAAAUAGUCCAUUAGUUGCUGUAUAAGCUGCGUGAAUCAUGCCUAAGAAUCAUGUCAAUGUGUUGCACUCACACAGCUGUCCGAAGCAGGAUGCAAAUAGAGGCUUGAUAUGCCAUGUGGUGUUACGAACCAUCGUGAAAACUUGCAGUGCAUUAAAGCUAAAAUAAAUAAUAUAUAUAUUUGCCGGCAGCUAAUUUGCCUCAGCCAGUUGCACUGGACCUUUUGUAGGAUGUGUGUCCAUUUGCGCUGGUUUCGCUAAACACCUGCGAACGAACAUUGCCAAAAAUGUUGACCUUUUGUUAGUGCUUUAAGCACCGAAAGCUAUGUUUUAAAACAAAUGAAAUGUACACCGUAGCAGUUUUCUGAAACAUGAUUAUAGAUGAUUAUAAACGUGGCUUUGGUAACAAGGCCUGGCAGCUCCAAUUUGCUCGGCUUCUGUGCUUUUAAAAUGCCAGAUAUAUAUUUUCUCCACCAGCUGAUAAGUGGUGCCUUGUGAAGUUACGUGUAUUUUUUUUAUGUUCCUGCUACUAAACGACAAUAUUACAAAGGUCACCGAGAGAAUGUCGCCCGCUCAGAGGUACUGUAGUAUGGUAUUUUUUGUUUGUAUCGCUAUUAAUGAAGUUAUAAUACAAGUGAAGUGUUAAUCGAAAGUAAUAUUCCUGACGAGAACACAACGGAAGCUCUUAUCGCCACUCUUUACAUCGGAAUUCAUACACACAUGCGGUGUAAUAACCAUUUGAUUUCUGCAUGCUGAUUUUGAUUGUGUGCAUACAACAUUUUGAAGAAGACGAGAAGUAUUUCGAUUUGAAUAAGAUCUUAUACAUUGUUUGAUAUGUUUUUUGUAAUGGAUUUUAAAUUCAUAAAGCAUUUUGUACAUUGUAAGGAUAUUAAAAACAGCAAAUAACGGACGUAUAUAGAAAAAGAAUAAAUACUGAUAUACACAAACAUAUGCAUUGUACAUAGAAUGUACGUAUACACGUUCAUGUUUUGUGUACACGUUUAUAAAUACAAGUACUACGCUGUACAUAUGUACAUACAUGUAAGCUUGCAUGUGUUUGGUCAUGUUUGCCGUUCAUGAUCUUGUAGUUUUAUUUUUUUAUUUCUUCUUUUUCUUACUGUAAAGCUCAUUUUUUUUGUGCAGCCAUCUCCGGUGAGCAGUAUUGAGCACUUCAAAUACAGUCGAUCUUGUUCAUGUCAUUCAUUGUGCAAAAAAUAAUAAAAUGAAUUUAUCGAGAACUCA